AUGAAACGAGGGAAAUGGCCAACUACACUAGACGCAUAUUUUACGCCAAAGCGCGAGAAUACAACUCAAUAUAAUAAUGAUAUAACACCUUCUAAUGAUAAAAUAAACUCUUUAACACCCAUUCAAACACUUCCAAAGCUGACGUAUAUACCUUUGGCCGACAAACAACGUCCAAAGCGACUUGAAGAUGUGAUAGGACAACAAAUGGCGAUUGGGAAAACGUCUCCAUUUUACACGAUGAUACUUAACGACGAAGUGACGUCCACGAUUUUAUAUGGCCCUCCGGGGUCUGGGAAGACUUCGAUAGCUGCGAUCAUACAAAACACGACGAAGAAUCGAUUUGUGCGGGUCUCAGCAACGAGCACUGGCAAGACUGAAUUGAAAGACAUCUUUACGGAAGCCAAGCGAUAUAAAAAGACUGGGAAAAACACAAUUUUGUUUGUUGAUGAGAUUCAUUCGCUCAAUAAAUUGCAGCAAGACGCAUUCUUACCGGUAGUGGAGGACGGGACUAUCAUCUUAAUUGGGGCCACCACUGAAAAUCCGUCGUUCGAAGUGAACAGUGCGCUGAUGAGUCGUUGCAACUUGGUUGUACUGAAGAGAUUGACUGACGAAGACAUGGUCCAAAUCCUCAAAAAGGCAAUACGGGAAGAAUACACAGAGUCUCUUGUUGACAUCAAUGAAGACGCUUUACGGUUCAUCGCAUCUAUUUGCGACGGAGACGCUCGGGCGGCUUUAAAUAAUGUCGAGCGGAUAUUCUUACACUUCGGGAAGAUGAGUAAACCGAACAUCCAAAUGGAAAUCAACCAACUCAAUGAGGAGAGUCACAAGCUUGCGGAAAAGACGGAAGUAAAAGAUAAAAAAGAUGUAAAACUCGACAGUAAAUUAGAGUCUAAUUCUACUAUUAUUAACUUGAAUGACAACAAGGAGAAUGAUGAAAUAACUGAUUCUAAAGUCCAGCCUGUAGAUACCGACGAAGAGCCUCCACAACUCAAGAAGACCGAAACUAAAAUGAAUAGUUCUGAAACUAAUGAAGAUACUAUAUUACUUGAUUGCAAAAAAGAAGAGAAAGACGCCAUUGUACCUCCACUCCACGUGGACAAAGAAAUUAUUCUGACGUACGAAGUUGUUCAACAAUUUCUUCAGAAGACGAUGUAUAAAUACGAUAAAAGUGGAGAAGAGCAUUAUAAUAUAUUGAGUGCCUUUCAUAAGAGUCUAAGAGGCUCUGAUGAAGAUGCGGUGAUGUAUUGGUUACAACGAAUGGUCUUAGCUGGUGAAGAUCCUAAGAACAUAGCCCGCCGAAUGGUCGCAUGUGCUGGGGAGGAUGUUGGUGUCGCCGAUCCCCAAGCUUUAAUACUAGCCGUCAACACGUUUCAAUCAGUACAAAUGAUCGGGUACCCCGAGUGUAAUUUCUGUUUGGCGCAGUGUGCUUUAUAUAUCGCACGUGCUCCAAAAUCAGUGUGUACAUUGAAAGCGAUGUUACUUGCAAAUGAUUUGAUCAAGAAGACUGGAGCCUUGCCUGUUCCUAUGCAUAUAAGAAAUGCUCCCAAUGCAUUAUUAGAGAAGAUGGGCUAUAAUAAAGGAUACCAAUAUCCCCCAAUGUUUGAGGGACCUUUAGAACAAACUUAUUUGCCUGAUAAAUUGAUUAAUAAGCACAUCAUGUCUUAUGACCGCUUUGUAAAGAAGCAAGACAAGAAAGACAUAGUCGCUUCCAAAUCGAUGGAUCCAGACUUCUUUAUCAAAUACAAACAUUAA